GCUGUCGUCUGCUUUAUGCGCGGCGUGAAACACAUGAGGACCGUGCUGAAUCAGCCUGGCGGCGCGACUGAGCUCGAGCAUCUGGCCGAGCACAUCUUCGGACGGCAGGAGAUGGCUCGGGCGAGCGCAGAGAUUGGCUGAGUUGUAGGCAUAUUCUCGUUUGAUGGCAUUCCAGAUAUAUUAUAUCGGAGGCAGAAAUCCCGGUAGAGGUCUAAGCGGCUGCCCAUACAAACACCGUCUGAAAGUCAUCUGCGCGGGAGCUUCCUUUGUGCCGACUUCAGAACCAAUGAGGUCGCACUUAACGGCAGGCCUAUGCAGCAAUGGACGGCUUGACAUGGGAAGGGUGUCCGUUCGGAAUGGGCUUUUGUGGCAGACACGCGGGCUGUGGGCCCGUACCAACGAGAAGUUGUACUGCAGUACGAGGGGUUCUUGCUGCGCUAAAGGCUUCUGAGUUGGCAUUGACAUUGAGAAGACAAUAGUAC